CCACAGUGUGCGGCGCCAUUUUAAGCCUGUGUGUCGCCGCGCUGUGUGGAGGGUGAGGUGGAGCAGUGGCCGAGGACGGACAAACAAACACUGGGAUUAACCAAAAAACACAAACUAAACCGUGAUUACCUGCCCGGCACCGCACCGCCCGUGGCGUGACUCCGGAAGGCGGGACGGGGAUUACGGAUAACGGGGGUUGGUGGAGGAGGAGGAGGCCAACACCGUACGGCAUUGUGACCCGGGCACGCCGCCUCGCACACGACUUGUAAAGCACAGACUAUUUCUUGGAAGACAAACAUGGCAACUCAAGCGGAUUUAAUGGAGCUGGACAUGGCUAUGGAACCAGACCGGAAAGCGGCAGUCAGCCACUGGCAGCAACAGUCUUACCUGGAUUCUGGUAUUCAUUCUGGAGCCACCACAACUGCCCCAUCUUUGAGUGGCAAAGGAAAUCCAGAUGACGAAGACGUGGAUACAUCGCAAGUAUUGUAUGAAUGGGAGCAAGGCUUCUCUCAGCCUUUCACUCAAGAUCAAGUAGCAGACAUUGAUGGGCAAUUUGCAAUGACCAGAGCACAGAGAGUGCGUGCGGCCAUGUUUCCUGAAACGCUAGACGAAGGCAUGCAAAUCCCAUCAACACAGUUUGACUCUGCUCAUCCCACAAAUGUGCAGCGCUUGGCUGAACCGUCUCAGAUGCUAAAACAUGCUGUGGUCAACUUGAUAAAUUACCAAGAUGAUGCUGAACUGGCUACUCGGGCUAUCCCUGAGCUGACCAAGCUACUCAAUGAUGAGGACCAGGUUGUGGUCAACAAAGCUGCCGUCAUGGUUCAUCAGCUGUCUAAGAAGGAAGCAUCCCGCCAUGCCAUCAUGCGUUCUCCACAGAUGGUGUCUGCAAUUGUUCGCACAAUGCAGAACACAAAUGAUGUUGAAACUGCACGUUGCACUGCUGGAACUCUUCACAACCUCUCACACCACCGUGAGGGCUUACUGGCUAUCUUUAAAUCUGGAGGCAUUCCUGCUUUGGUUAAAAUGCUCGGGUCGCCUGUGGACUCUGUGCUGUUUUAUGCAAUCACAACACUACACAAUCUUCUCUUGCAUCAAGAAGGAGCAAAAAUGGCUGUUCGAUUGGCUGGUGGUUUGCAGAAAAUGGUGGCCUUGUUGAAUAAAACGAAUGUCAAAUUUCUAGCUAUCACUACUGACUGUCUCCAAAUAUUGGCCUAUGGAAACCAAGAAAGCAAGUUGAUUAUCCUUGCAAGUGGUGGACCUCAGGCAUUGGUGACCAUAAUGAGGACUUAUAGUUAUGAGAAACUUCUGUGGACAACAAGCCGUGUGCUGAAGGUGCUGUCAGUCUGUUCCAGUAAUAAGCCUGCUAUUGUCGAAGCUGGUGGAAUGCAAGCUCUGGGGUUGCAUCUCACUGACCAGAGCCAGCGUCUGGUUCAGAAUUGUCUCUGGACUUUAAGGAAUCUUUCAGAUGCUGCAACAAAGCAGGAGGGAAUGGAGGGUCUUCUGGGAACCCUGGUUCAGCUUCUUGGCUCAGAUGAUAUUAAUGUGGUAACUUGUGCCGCUGGUAUACUGUCCAAUCUCACAUGCAACAACUACAAAAACAAGAUGAUGGUGUGUCAGGUUGGUGGUAUUGAGGCGCUGGUGCGCACGGUUCUACGUGCUGGUGAUAGAGAGGACAUCACUGAGCCCGCUAUAUGUGCACUUCGUCACCUUACCAGCAGGCACCAGGAAGCAGAGAUGGCCCAGAAUGCAGUGCGACUCCACUAUGGGCUACCUGUGGUGGUGAAGCUGUUGCACCCACCAUCUCAUUGGCCACUUAUUAAGGCAACUGUGGGUUUGAUUCGUAAUCUUGCUUUAUGUCCAGCCAAUCAUGCACCAUUGCGUGAGCAGGGUGCUAUUCCAAGGCUUGUUCAACUUCUGGUUCGUGCACACCAAGAUACACAGCGGCGCACAUCCAUGGGGGGAACACAGCAGCAGUUUGUGGAAGGUGUACGUAUGGAAGAAAUCGUUGAAGGCUGCACAGGAGCCUUGCACAUUCUGGCUCGUGAUGUUCACAACAGGAUCGUUAUACGGGGUCUAAAUACCAUUCCACUUUUUGUACAGCUGUUAUACUCUCCAAUUGAGAAUAUCCAAAGAGUAGCAGCAGGUGUGCUCUGUGAACUGGCCCAAGACAAGGAGGCUGCUGAAGCUAUUGAGGCUGAAGGUGCUACUGCUCCUCUCACGGAAUUGCUUCACUCACGGAAUGAGGGAGUUGCAACAUAUGCUGCAGCUGUCCUAUUCCGUAUGUCUGAAGAUAAGCCUCAGGACUAUAAGAAACGUUUGUCUGUUGAACUUACCAGCUCGCUUUUCAGAAGUGAACCAAUGCCUUGGAAUGAGGCUGGGGAUCUUGGUGUUGACAUUUGUGCCCAAGGAGAACCACUUGGUUACAGACAGGAUGAUCCCAGCUACCGCUCUUUCCAUGCUGGAGGUUAUGGGCAGGAUGCAAUGGGAUUGGACCCUAUGAUGGAUCAUGACAUGGGAGGGCAUCAUCCUGGAGCAGAAUAUCCAGUUGAUGGACUUCCAGAUUUAGGCCACGCUCAGGAUCUUAUGGAUGGACUACCACCUGGUGACAGCAAUCAGUUGGCCUGGUUUGACACUGACCUUUAAAUGUGUGUAUAUAUUUUCGUUAUCGUCAGACUGAAUUUGCAUUGUGAUUGGCCUGUAGAGUUGCUGAGAGGUCUCGAUGGGUGGGCUGGUUAUCUCAGAAAGUGCCUGACACACUAACCAAGCUGAGUUUCCUAUGGGAACAAUGGAAGCUAACUUUAUGUUCUGGUAUAAAGAAUUUUUUUUAUUUUUUUUAUUUUUUUCUGGUUGGAGGAACAAUACCAAUGGAUUUUGGAAGUGACUCGUACAUCAAGAAUGCACAAGAAUAGUUCACAAGCUGGAACUUAUCAAAACACUAGCCUUGCUUGUUUAAAUGACUUCUCAUUUUAUUUUUUAUCUCUGUAAUGGUACUGACCUAGCUUGCUUUUUCUUAGUAAUUUUUUUAGAUUUAUUCUUUUUUUUUUUUUCUUUUUUCUUUUUUUUUUUCUGCGUUAAUAUUUUAAGUCUCUGUAGUGUUCAUUUAGUGCAUAUUGCUAAAGCCGUUUCUAAUUUUUAAGGAUCAAGUAAGUGUAGAACACUAAUCAUAAUCACUCUAAUUGUAUCCUGAAUAAAGUGGAACAUUGUGUAGCCUUUUUGUAUAAAACAUAGAAAAAUAGAAAUGGUCCAAAUAGUUUUCUUUUAAUAUGCUUAAAAUAAGCAAGUGGAUCGAUUUUUGAUCAAAGCUUUUAUCUGGGAUAUGUCUGGGUAGGGGCCAGUAAGAACUUAUUUGGAACCUGUAUUGGACAGUUUACCAGUUGCCUUUUAUCCCAAAGUUAUGUACUGAGGCCACAGAUGCUUAAUGAAAAAUCAGAUCAUGAAAUGGCUCAGAAGAAUUAAAGUGGACUUUUAAUGCAUUCUGCUGUGUCAAGUUAUUUUAAGCAAGUCCAUGUGCAAUGGGUUUCUGUGGUCUUAAGGAACGAAACUAAAUGUUUGUAAAUGGAAUGAACAAAGUAAAGUUAUUUUUUAAAUUCA